UUCCAUCUUCCUCCGCUUCGGACCCCCCACCCGCUCUGCGUAUAAAGGCGCGGCCGUCGAUUUGCCGGUUCGAUCGAGGCGGAGAGAAAAACCCUAAUCGGCGCACCAGUACAGAGAGAGAGAGAGAGUGCUCGCGUUCGCGAGGGAGAUAGGAGAGAGAAAAUGUCGGCGACCGGCGGCGGCGGCGGCGGCGGCGGGAGUGGUCAGGAGGAGGACAAGAAGCCCGGCGAUCAGGCCGCCCACAUCAACCUGAAAGUCAAGGGCCAGGAUGGUAAUGAGGUCUUUUUUAGGAUCAAACGAAGCACACAGUUGAGGAAACUCAUGACUGCAUACUGCGACAGGCAGUCUGUGGAGUUAAACUCCAUUGCUUUCUUAUUUGAUGGGCGUAGACUUCGUGGUGAGCAGACUCCUGAUGAGCUCGAGAUGGAGGAUGGUGAUGAAAUCGACGCAAUGCUCCACCAAACUGGGGGAUACUGAUGCUUUUCUUGCGGAGGGACACCUUUUUUAUAUGACUCAAUUGUUCAAGUAAAUUGUAGUAGGGUCUAUGGAAACUUGAGUUGUGGCCUUAAUUGAAGUUUAGGCUUUGUUUUGUCUAUGUGCAAGCUUCUCAUGUGCUUAUUAUUGUUACUGGAAGGAGUGGAAUGAAUUCUGGUGUCAUUUGGAGUCA